AUGCCCAAGGAAAAAUAUGAUCCGCCGGAUCCCAGGCGGAUGUACACAAUUAUGUCGAGCGAGGAGGCAGCAAACGGGAAGAAGUCAUACUGGGCUGAGCUGGAAAUCAGCGGCCGAGUAAGGAGUCUCAGCACAGCCCUGUGGUCUCUCACCCACCUCACUGCCCUGCACCUCAGUGACAACUCACUGUCACGCAUCCCGCCAGACAUUGCCAAACUACACAACCUGGUGUACCUGGAUCUCUCAUCCAAUAAGAUCAGGAGCCUGCCGGCAGAGCUCGGCAACAUGGUGUCUCUCAGGGAACUGCUUUUAAAUAACAACCAGUUGCGGGUUCUGCCAUUUGAAUUGGGGAAACUGUUUCAGUUACAAACACUGGGGUUGAAAGGAAACCCACUUGCACAAGAAAUUAUGAGCCUCUACCAGGAACCUGAUGGAACGCGAAGACUGCUCAACUACUUGUUAGACAAUCUGGCAGGGGCUAUCAAACGCAUACCAACAGAGCAGCCCCCAGCUCGGUCAUGGAUCUCACUCCAGGACCCAGACCGGACAUGGCCCUCAGCACUGUUCUCUGUGAUGUGCUACAAUGUACUGUGUGAUAAGUACGCCACACGACAGCUAUAUGGCUACUGCCCCUCUUGGGCUCUAAACUGGGAGUACAGGAAAAAAAACAUCAUGCAGGAGAUUAUGGGCUGCAAUGCAGAUAUCAUCAGUUUGCAGGAGGUUGAGACGGAGCAGUACUACAAUUUCUUCUUGCCUGAGCUGAAGGAGCAGGGAUAUGACGGGUUCUUCAGUCCAAAGUCACGAGCCAGGACGAUGUCGGAGGUGGAUCGUAAACACGUGGACGGCUGUGCAAUUUUCUACAAGACAGAAAAGUUCAGCGCGGUGCAGAAACACACAGUGGAGUUCAACCAGCUGGCGAUGGCUAACUCCGAGGGCUCAGAGGCCAUGCUGAACAGGGUGAUGACCAAGGACAACAUCGGAGUAGCUGUACUGCUCGAGGUCCGCAAAGAGAUGAUGGAAGUCUCCUCUGGAAAGACACUCCACGGCAUGGAGAAGCAGCUGAUCCUGAUCGCAAAUGCCCACAUGCACUGGGACCCAGAGUACUCUGACGUCAAGCUGGUCCAGACAAUGAUGUUCCUGUCAGAGGUGAAGAACAUAGUGGACAAGGCCACACGCAGCCUCAAGUUGUCCUCCGUCUCUGGUGAGACUAAUGCCAUUCCACUGGUGCUGUGCGCUGACCUCAACUCCUUGCCUGACUCCGGCGUGGUGGAGUACCUUAGCUCUGGUGGAGUAGACUGCACCCACAAGGACUUCAAGGAGCUUCGUUAUAGUGACUGUCUGACCAAAUUCAACUGCAACGGCAAGAACAGUUCGUCCAACGGCAUGAUCACCCACGGCUUCAAGCUGAAGAGCGCUUACGAGAACGGCCUGAUGCCUUACACCAACUACACCUUCGACUUCAAGGGUGUCAUCGACUAUAUUUUCUACUCCAAGCCUCACCUGAACGUGCUGGGCAUCUUGGGCCCCCUGGACCCCCACUGGCUCGUUGAGAACAAUGUCAGCGGCUGCCCACAUCCCCACAUCCCCUCCGACCACUUCUCCCUCUUCGCCCAGCUGGAGCUGCUCCUCUUCAACGUGCCCCCCCAGAUCAAUGGGCUCCAUAUGCCUUCACGUAGGUAGUGAGUCCCUGCCACACCGCCGGGUGGGCGGGGGGGAGCUGCAACCACAGCCCCUCACCCUUUCCAACCCUCCUCCCUCCCACUACCAGCUCUUCUCCUCCACCACAAUGGAGGGGGAAGACAAAAAAAAACACAACCUGUAAAAUAUUCGUACAGUGAGGUCUGGCCGACAGGGAUUUCGUAUAAUGUUAUAGAUAUUCUAUAUUUUUCUUUUUUCUUUCUCUGUUUUUCUUUUUUGUUAUUUUUUUUAACUGCUCGAUUCGGUCCUGUUCGUGUAUCAUUUUGUGUUUUGGACUCCCUUUCCUCCUCAAAUCCACCCAUCCACCCACUCUGCUUCUGUCUUUCACACUAGAGGGGAUGGUAGCUCAUUCAGAUUUGUCACAUGGGGCACUGUUUGGUUUAAGAGCAAGGGGAAACUUAAAAGUGGCUGAAGGGGGAUGACUUUCACCUGAGAGAGCUCCAUAGCUGAUGGUCUGCCUGUCUGUCUGUCCUGUAUAAAUCUGAAACCAGCAAAGACAGCAGACUUGUCAGUCUCAGACCUCCAUGAUUGGCUUGUGCUUGUUUUCCCCCUGUACUCGGGGCAGCCAGCGUACUUUCUCGGUCUCCCAAGGAUGUUUGUCGAGUCGCCAGGUUAGACGGCGGUUAAGCUUUUUAGCUGGUAGUCAAGCGUCCCCGGAGGUGGAUGUAGCGCAGCUCGUAUAAGGUGAGAUUUCCUGCUGUCAUUCUGUGGUGCUGAGGCCUUUUUUUGUGUGGUCAUGGCCUCCCGUGGUGCUAAAAGAUAGUCUACACCUCUGACCCCGGCCCUGGUACAUUUAGCUACCAAGACCCACAGAUGCCUCAAGAAACAGACGUCCGAGAACUACAUUCCCCCUGUUCCACAUAGGCGGUAUGUCAGUGGUAUUUUGUGAAGGAAGAUAUAUGACGAGAAACUGAGAGCAGCUACCAUCCUGUUUCCAGACUGUUUUUCACCCCAGCUUGUAUAGUUGUUAGGCUAGUCUUGUGCUUAGGAGCUCAUGCAGCCCCAUGUACCAACAAUGUUUGUUUUUUUUAAUUUUGUUUUGUUUUUUUUGUUUUUUUCGGGUCAAGGGGCAGGGGAAUAAGGCUGAGGGGCAAAGUGAUGAGGGGGCUAUCACAAAUCUUUUCUUUGUCUUGAUCGCUUUUAGGCAGAGAGAGCGAGUAAUGGCUGAUACACAGGAGUAAAACCAGCAUUCCUCUCACUGUCUGGAGUUGCCAUCCAACUCCACACAUGCAAGCUUAGACACACACACACACACACACACACACACACACACACACACACACACACACACACACACACACACACACACACACACUCAACACAGGUAAUUUGCAGGCAGAUCUGUAGCACUGUCUCUGAGGCCAGUAGUGACUUUCCCCAGCCAUAAGUUCCAUACACAAAAGCAGUGGUUUUUUCACAAGUGUUUGUACAGAAUAGAAAAUCUAGACUCAGUCUUUACAUGAUUGUAUAUGAACCACAAAAGACCUGUUUUCUGGCGUUUUUUGUACUAAGAGUAAAUUAUGAUCAGAUUUGAGAAAAAAAAGAUUGUAUUGUAAAAUAUGGCUAAAUUUUUAUCCAGUUAAUGUUAAGAUGAAUUGAUAUUACCAGCUUGUACAAAAGACGUAAGAAGAGGUUGUUCGAGGCGUUCGCUGUCACUACUUUGCACUCCUUAGAGAUUAACUGUAAUUAAUGUAUCAGUAUUGUUUUAUUAUUAUUUUUUUUCUCCUCCCCUCUCUCUCUCUGCUGUUGUAUUUGAUUUGCCGGCAUAUUGCUGCGAUUGUAAAUAGACACUGAGUAAACUCUGCCUGUUGCUUUUCGCCCAUUAACAAAGCCAUUGAUCCACGCUGCUGCCAUCAGUUCAGACAACAAAAAGGACAUGCAAGGAUGAGCCGCAGCCCACCAGCGACUACUCCGCAUCUGUUCAUCUAUAGAUCUCACACACACAUACACACACACACACUCCCACUAGUGGCGUGUGACUAAAACAACCUCCAUUUAAAAAAACCCCACAUGUACAACAAGAACAUCGUGCCUCACUGUAGCAGUUGUCGUCUUGCACUAUAUUUACACAUGACGAACGCCCGAACAACCUUUUCUCCUUUUAUUUUUAAAUACUGUUGAGACAUUUGUGAAGAUUUUAUGUCCUUUUAUUGGGUUUUGUUAAUGUUGAUUUCCUUUUUUAUGAGCUGUGACAAUGUUAUGAUGAUGUGUAUAUCCUUCCUAUUCAUUGAGCUCUCUAGUAAUCAGGUAUGCUUUCUCCCCUCUCCUCUAAGGAACAUGAGUAGGAUGUCUUAUCUUUAUUGAAUCCGCACUCUGGUUGUUUUUUUUGUUUUUUUGCUCUCUCGUUGUACCUUAGCACAGCUCCAUGCCCAGACCCCCCCACACCCCCCAUAAAACAGCCCAUAGCUCCUUCCCUGGCCAUGAAUUUUAAAUCUCCUUAAGUCUGUCCAUCACCCUUCACCCCUCUCUAAAACCUCAGACUUUCCCUGUCCACUGUUUCACUCAAGCUGUGUCUCUGAAAACCCCUUCGCUCAACCACUUUGUAUAGUUCUCUUACCCUUGUCACUGCAGCUAUAGUGCCAUCUGUGGACCCCCUACCUCUGUAUUGGAAACGGUGGAAGGCCCAAUUUGCUCUUGCUUUCGGAGGAACAAGGGAGGAGGGGCACUUAGCUCAGCGAUUCCUCUCUGAAAGCCAAGCAUGCGUCUCUUUGAAUCGAGUCUAUUACACCCCAAACAAACCAGUGAGAUCUGUCAGAGGCAAGAUGAUUAUUUAAAGCCAACAUAAAGAUGAGCACUUACUAGAUUCAGAUGCAGCUCCCCUCACUCCCUGUUCCGUCAUAUUAGCGAAUAAACAUCACAUUAAUUUAAUGUACAUGUUGAAAUGACAUUUUAAAGCAAGAGGGAAGCAAGAAAAUAGGAUGUAUAAGUAAAGUCCUCAGAUCAAGGUCUCUUGUCCCUUUUAUUUUCUCCCCAAAUGUUUGUUUUUAACCUUUGUUUUGUUUUCCAAUGAAAACCAAUGUGUCCAGUUUCUUCUUUUUUUUCCUGAAUGGCAUUAGUAUUGUAGUAGAUUUAAAGGCUAGCUUUUUUUGUAAAGUGUGAAUAAAAGAUGUAUCUCAUGUUUCCUUUCUAAAAAAGAUAUUGAAUUGUGUUUGUUGAUGUGUAAAUCAUGAAUUCUAUGAUGGUGUUACGUUUGCGACAUUUUGUUUUUACUUUUUUCCUCCAUAUACUCUUUGUUCCCAUCACAAACCAAAUCCUCUGUAGGAAUCAUGAUGAGACGUCUUGAUGGGUUGAUUUAGAGGAGUUGAAUGUUCUUGAUGUAGCCUCGUAGAAUGAAGGAUUUAUCCAGAGGAGAAGUACCUGCAUCAUUGGUAUUGGUAUAAAAAAAAAGCAGAAAAAAAAAAAAAACUUUCAGCACAGGGAUACUCAUUUUUUUUUUUGGUGUUUUCCUUUUUUCUGUGUUACUUAUCAGCUUUAUUUUGGAUGUUGCAUGGCACUAGCUGGAGAGUGCUAGUGCCUGUAGGUUUAGGGCAGCAGAGCUGUCUUGGUAGUGGCUGCAGCUCAGUAUAGAGAUCACUGUUCUGACUGGUGUAAAACGUGUUUGUCAGACUAAGCUAAUGACCUGCCGCUGGUCGCUAGACUGGUCCUGUGAUGAUUUCCAGUACUUCUAGUCAUCUCACUCUGUUCUUGUGCAUCACAGUGGUUUUAAAUCUGUUACACUAGCUAGCUACUAUUGAUAGUCACUGAUUUGACUCUGUAGAUCUUUUCUGUUGUUGACCCCUCGACUCUUCAUCACUCUUCUUGUUAAAACUAUGGCUUCUGACUGAAAGUCUGGCAAAAUCAUGGCGCUGAGUUAAUGUCACCCUGUGAGCUUCGGCGAGUGAUCACGUUGUUGGCUUUGUACCUUUCCACUGUUGCAUUUGUGUUUUUCAUAGUUGGCUUGUUUAGGCGUAGAGUGAUUUCCCAGGCUGCAUCUCUUUGUAACGGUGCACACCAAAGCUGCUUGUAGUUCAGUUCUCUCUUGUAGUUCGUUCACUAUCAUUUUUUUUUUUCAUUUUUUUUUUUUAAAAUCCGAAUCAUAGUCUUCAUGAAAUGUUAGGGCUGUAAGGAAAGCGAGGUACUUUUCGUCCUUUUCCUUGAAUCACAUGAACACGUUGCAUCCAUAUUCGCGCUUAGAGUUUGGUUCCUCAUGUCAAAUGCACCCUUUUCAAAAAAAAAAAAAAAAAAAUAGAGAAAACCUUGGCAAUAAUACCCAGAAACAUUCAGACACACUCAGAAUAAGUUUUUAAAUGUUUUAUCUGGAAAAUGUAGCUAUUUCAUCUGUGGUCAUUUGUUUAUUUUUUUUCCCUUUUCAACUCUCCGUCUUCAACCCUCUAGACUGUUUUCUUUAAUGCUUCUUUUUCUCUCUCAUCAUCCAUCUUGUAUAUUUGCUCAUCUCCUCCUCCUCCCUGCCGAUCUAGUGGUAGUUGUUCAAUGAUCAGGAUUGUCUAUCUGUAGUCGAGCUGAGUACAUAUAUUGAUCUGUGUCACUGUGUUUAUGCACUGGACCAACUAUUGUUUACCAUUCAUGAAAUACCAGCAAAAAAAAAUGGAAAAAAAAAAUAAUAAUAAUGACAAAAACACUUGCACAAUGUUGUAGAAUGUCCAUUAACCCAGAUGAGAAAUCAAGGCAGCUGUUUUCAAAUCCACACAUACUGUUUUAAAAAGAAACUGAAUGGUAAACAAUGCUUUCUGUUGUACCCCUUAGCCGUCCUCUCGAUUCUUUUUUGGACUAGUUUUGUUCUUUUUGAUUUUAUUUUUAUUUUUUUCUGUUUUGACUACAGGUUCUGCUUGUUUCCUUUACACCUACCUAUGUAUUUUCCUACUUCUGGUUGAAAAUAAAUUCUAUAUUAUCUGUUUCAA